CGUCACAAUUUAGCGUUGCGGGAAUGUGCAAACCUAUCGAAUUCAACAGUUAUGGAGAUUUACUUCAAAGUGAUAAUUCUUAUUCGAAAACAUCUUGCAGAAUAUAUGUGAAAAUUUGUUUUUAGGCCCAUAUUAAUCAGAGCGCUAAUAUCGAGAAAAGGUGCAGAUGGAGUCACAAUUCAAAACGCUGUUGACAUGAUGCCAGACAAAAAGGCAAUGGGGGCAUGAAAAUCUACAAUCACACGAUCCUGAUGGAACAUCCAAAUUAUAAAAGUUGACCGAAGAUAUUAAAGAUGUAACAUGGGAAUGCACUUUGUAUCAUCGUCGCUGAUAUUUUCCAUGAUUGUUAUUUAUAGCAUUUGUAAUGCUCAUCAGGAUUCCCAGAAAAGCCAGAUUUUAUUCGACCACCUCCUUAAUUCCUCCAAAUACAACCCUGACGUCAUACCUAUUUGUAGAAACCAGGGGAACGUCACAGCUAAAGUCGGCUUGGCGAUACGAGACAUAGUAGAAUUGAUAGAAGUUGAACAGAUCAUAAAACUGAAAAUUUGGAUGCGACUAAAGUGGGUCGACUGCAUGUUAAAGUGGGACCCAACAAAAUUCGACAACCAGACAUAUAUUGUGUUCCCCUCUGACAAAAUUUGGAUCCCUGAUAUUACUCUCUUUGAAUCAGUUAGUGAUGAAGCAAAUAUGCCUGGAAAGGAUUGCUUUAGAGCAAUAGUGAAUUAUAAAGGAGAAGUGGCGUAUAACUUUGCUACCAUUGUCACGAGCGUGUGCCGAGUAGUUGUUACUUAUUUCCCCUUUGACCACCAGAUCUGUAGGCUUACCUUUGGUUCGUGGGUCUACUCGGGAACAAAGCUGGAUUUGGAAAGAUACGGUGUAGAAGCCGAUGAUGCAAUUUUCCAGGAUCACAAUGAAUGGUUUUUAGAGGGAUCAACACUAAGGAAAAAUGUGCAAUACUAUUCAAAUUGCCCUUUUCCUAACAUUUAUGUCGACUUUUAUCUGAGACGAAAACCAUUAUUUUAUACAGUGACUCUAAUAUUUCCCUGUUUUAUAAUCACGGGAUUAACUUUCAUGGGGUUUGUCCUACCCCCAGUCUCCGGAGAAAAGAUUUCCCUUCAGAUGACAGUCCUUCUUUCACUAACUGUGUUCCUUUUCCUUGUGCAGGACAAACUUCCGUCAGACUCGGACCACUUUCCUUACCUCGCAAUUUACUUUGCCUGUUCCAUGGUUUUAGUAUGUAUGUCGAGUAUAAUGUCUGCGAUAGUUAUGCACGUGUACUACAAAUCACCAGAAAGACACCAAAUGCCCCAAUGGGUACGCAAAGUGUUUAUAGAAAAACUAAAAAAGUUAGUAUUCGUAAAAUCGGAGAAAAUUUUAAAUACGUCAGAAGUAGUUGUCAAGCAGAUUCGAUGCAUGCGCGCAAUAGAUGAACCAACCGCAUUAAAGUACGCUGAAAGCCAACGUGUAAGCAAAGGCGUUCAAAAUCAUGAUCCCAAGACUUUGGAGUCGAAUAUUGUCGAGGAAAAUGGUAGCAACCAUGGGACUCCCGUGGAUUUUGCCGGAAAGUGCAGCAGGAACUCUUUGGAAAACGCAGAAACACACGGACAAGAAGACGUUGAUGUUCAAAGCCCUGACACAAAUGACUGGGAACUUCUAGCCUAUAUUCUUGAUCGAUUCUUCAUGGGACUCUAUGUUACCCUGAAUGCUAUUACUGCUACGACUUUUCUGGCCAUUGUGUUCAGCUAUGAUGGCGGAGGGCAUGAGGAUUAUUGGUUCUGCAUAACUUUUUCCGUUAUUUUCAUGAACCUGAACGUUGGGUGUUAUGGUCAGGACAUUAAACCGGAGAGUUUGGAUUUAUUUGAAUAUCUCCUAAAUUCUUCCAGAUACUCUCCUUAUGUGAUACCGCUUUGUGGAAACCAAACUCGUGUUACGGUAAAAAUUGGGACAGCAAUACGUGAUAUCGUAGAAAUGACUGAAACGCACCAAAGGGCCCGCCUGAACAUUUGGGUGCGAAUGACUUGGACAGACUGCAUGUUAAAGUGGGAUCCAUCUAAUUUCCAGAACCAAACAGAAAUCAUUCUUCCCUUUGGCAGAAUCUGGAUUCCGGAUGUGACCGUGUUUGAAGGAAUUAGCAACGAAGCCAACAUGCCGGGGUUAGACCAAUACCAAGCGGUGGUAUCAAACAAAGGCGAAGUCAAAUACAAUUUCCCGACCAUCAUAACGAGUGUAUGUCGAGUAAUCGUAACCUAUUUCCCCUUCGACCACCAGGUCUGCAAUCUGACUUUCGGUUCUUGGGCGUAUAGUGGUACUCACUUAGACUGGCAAUCGGACGGGGACGGUACUGAUACGUCUCUUUUUCAACUCCAUAACGAAUGGGAAUUGGUCAGAACUAAAUCUGUCAGACGAGUAAUAUAUUAUAUAUGUUGUGUAGAUCCAUAUCCUGAUGUCUUAUUCCAUAUCCACAUCAAACGGAAACCGAUAUUUUACUUGGUGACCAUCAUAUUUCCCAGCUUUCUGAUCACAAGUCUAGCUCUAAUGGGGUUUGUCUUACCACCCGUUUCCGGAGAGAGAAUUGCUCUGCAAAUGACCGUGCUAUUAUCGUUGUCCGUUUUCCUUGUCCUUCUUCAAGAGAAGUUGCCCUCCGACUCAGACCAUAUACCGUACCUUGCUAUGUAUUUUUCGAUUUCUAUGCUCCUAGUGUGUGUAGCGUGUAUAAUGUCAGGAAUAGUUUUGUAUGUACAUUAUAGAUCACCAACGGAAAAAGAAAUGUCUUCUUGGAUUCAUAGCAUUUUUAUGGAAAAACUUCGGAAAAUAAUGAGAAUAGCAGCAACGGAAGUCCUGACGACACCGGAAGUUAUCAGCAAGCAGAUGCGCAGUAUGCAUGUUAUAAAUGAGCUUGACGAAAGUAAAUCUGAAUUAAAACGCUCUAAAGCAGGCAUAUCAAUGUUUUCAGAGGAAGGAAUUCUAAAAAUUUUGGAUUUUCGUGAUUCUAAACACGAUGACAUAGGACAUGAAAGCCAAAAGAACAUUGAAACACCGAAUGUAACAGAGAAAUUGGUUAUGGCUGACUGGGAACUUCUGGCAUUUAUUCUUGAUCGGUUCUUUAUGUGGAUUUAUCUUCUGAUGAAUGUUGUGAACGGAAUAGCAUUCCUUGUUAUUAUUACAAGUUACGAUGGGGAUGAUCAGAUUGCCUAGCUUUCAAAACUGUCCAGUAGUUAUAAUUUUUUUUUAAAGAUUAUUCAUGUUAUUUGAAAUUGUCUUUAAACCGUUUAAAAACAUAUUGCAUUUAGAAAACAAGAAAUUUUUUUCUAGAAUGUGUUAGUAAAAUAUGUGGGAUUGUUUUAAAUAAAAGAAAAUGCUUUC